AUGCAUAUGUUUUACUAUUUUCUCCAGUUCCUGAUUUCUGUGACUUUCAUUGUACCAACCACAGGCGCCUUGCUGAAUUCUGAACACUCCAAACUACGUGGAGGUUCCUGUGAGAGAAAUUGUCAGGAAGAUGAAAAGCAGGCUGAUAUUUGCCUCUCGCCACGUAUGACUUGCUGCACUGAGAGAUGA